AUGGCGAGCAUAUCAAUCCGCAAGUCUAUCCGCUGGCUGCCCGGCGAGGCGGAGGAGCCGACGUUGACGGUGGUGCUGACGAGUCCGGCGAGGCGGUUCGUGGACUUGCGCAUCGUGAAGCCCGCCGCGAGUGCCACCGCCGACGCAGACGAGUCGGAUGCGCGCCUUCCCUUCAGCCGGCUCGACUGGGCCAUCGCGGGGACAUCCUCGUCGACGACACGCGACGACGUCAGCGGGGGCGUAAUCACGCACGGCAAGUGGACGCACUGGAUCGACUCGACGACGCGCAAGGCAAGCGGCGUGGUCGACGAGGGCGACAUGGUGACGCAGGCCGACGGAACGACGCUCGAGACGGGCAGCAUGGUCAACCCGGCGACGGGGCGGGUGACUGCGUACGAGGAGGUGUGGGAGGACGAGGAGCCCGCUGCGCCGUGCGUCGUCCUGGAGGUGGAUGAGGGCGACGGCGACGACGACGGGGGGGAAGGGAAGGGCAGGCAGGGCAGGGUGGUGCGGCUGGGGCGCUGGUGUCAGGGGUUUGUGCGCGAGGGGGAGAAGAUUGCGCUGGAGAGGUGGCUGUGGAGCGGGGAGACGAACAAGUGGCGGAGGACGGUGAGGAUGGGGGAUUUGGAUGUUGCGUGUGAGGCGGCGCUGGAGGAGGGGCGUGAGUUCAAGGUCGGGGAGCGGGUUGGUGAGGAUGGGGCGUGGAGGGUUGUGGAGGUGGUUGAUGGAUGA